AGGUAGGAGGGGUCUCUGUGGGAGGGUGUAGGUUGGGUCGGGGUAUAAAGCAUGAGCAGAUUUAACACUUAGAGAGACUUGACUUGGUGCUGUACACUGCUGUGAACCAAUAGGUCAGAACAAAUCCUUUGAUUACCAACAAAAAGGAGAAGACGGACAAAGAUGGAGCCCACGGAGGAUCCUUCAGAGUACUACGACUAUGAAGAGAGCGCAAACUCCACCAUGUGUGACUUUACAGAGUGGACGCCGUCAUACUCUGUCAUCCCUGUGCUUUACAUGCUCAUUUUCAUCCUGGGCCUGUCUGGGAAUGGAGUGGUCAUUUUCACUGUGUGGAGAGCCCAAGGCAAGCGUCGAGCCACCGACAUCUACAUCGGCAACCUGGCCCUGGCGGACCUCACCUUCGUGGUCACCCUGCCUCUGUGGGCUGUUUACACGGCCAUGGAGUACCACUGGCCCUUUGGGACGGCCCUGUGCAAGAUCAGCAGCUAUGUGGUGCUCCUUAACAUGUACGCCAGUGUCUUCUGCCUCACCUGCAUGAGCUUCGACCGCUACUUAGCCAUCGUCCACUCCCUGUCCAGCACCCAGCUACGCACUCGUGGCCACAUCCGAGGCUCUUUGAUAGCCAUCUGGCUGCUCUCCAGUCUGCUGGCUGCUCCGACUCUUCUCUUCCGUGCCACCAAGUAUGACUUUGAAACCAACCGCACGUCUUGCGCCAUGGACUUUAGCUUUGUGAUGGCGACCAAAAAGCAGGAGAACGUGUGGGUGGCAGGGCUCAGCAUCUCCUCCACAGCGUUUGGCUUUCUUCUCCCAUUUUUGGCCAUGAUGGUGUGCUACUGCUUCAUCGGCUGCACCGUCACCCGCCACUUCAACACUCUGCGCAAAGAGGACCAGCGCAAGAAGAGGUUGCUGAAGAUCAUCACCACGCUGGUGGUGGUGUUUGCCGCCUGCUGGAUCCCCUUUCACCUCGUGAAGACCGCUGAUGCCCUCUCCUACCUGGACCUGUUCCCCGUCACCUGUGACUUCCUGCGCUUCCUGCUGCUGGUCCACCCUUACUCCACCUGCCUGGCUUACAUCAACAGCUGCCUCAACCCCUUCCUCUACGCCUUCUUUGACCUGCGCUUCAGGUCUCAGUGUCUGUGCCUGCUCAACCUCAAGAAGCUGAUGCACGCCAGCCCGCCUAGCUCUCUGUCCUCCCAGAAGACAGAGGCUCAGUCUUUGGGCACAAAAGUGUGACUAUGGCAAGGGCCCAGGGGCAUUCUGGGAAAAAAGGUGAACAAUGCAGAACAGGUAAAUGAAAACUUUUGCCACAGUGGGUGCUCGCUUGGAGAUCACCUGAAGGCCGUAUGGGGACGUCACCUUUGCUUCUGCUCUUGACUCUCUGGACUUUAAGGGAAGCUCGUAGAUUUUUGGGGCUUUUAUUACACCUAAACAUGCCCCCCCCCACCAGAAAAAAAACUGAAUAUGAGGACUAAUGUAAGAUUUUGUGUUGAGAAAAAUAAACUGAGCCACACGACAACGAACUCCUCUCAGCUCUUUUUAUGGACUUUUAAACUGAGCUGUGGAGUCAUGAAGAUGUUUUCUUUACAUCGUUUUCAUUAGAAAGCACUCGAGGUGUCGCAUCCAGCAGAUCGAUCCGGGGUAUCUGCCUCACAGCUGACGGAGUUGUGUUGUGUGUAGGAAGGGUGUGCCAAUCAGCAAGAGGUGUCGGAGUCAGAUAAAAGACUUGUAAAAUGUGUGUGCGUGUGAGAUGAAGAGAGUAGAUUGGGGAUGGGUUGUAGUUUAAAAAAAAGGGGGGAAGCAGACCAAACAGACCGACACAUGGCAACUGACAAAUGUUUUCAGGUUUGUAAUUAAAAGGAACGACUGAUGAGUUUUUGUGUGUCAGAUAUUCAUUGAAUUUGUUCAAACAUGAAACGUUACAUGUUGUAUAUUUGUAAUAAAAGAAACUGGUGCUUUGACGAAACGAAUCUUCUCUGGUGUCACUCUGUUCCCUCUCGUCAUGCUCGCUGGAAUGUAUUUUCUCCUGUCUGUUGAACAUACUUCUUCCUGUCGGGGCCAUUGCUCAGAGAAGGCCGUCUCCCCUUCUAUUGUGUUUGGCAGGGCUGAAAUCAAAGCACAUGUCUGCAGGAAAUGCACGUUCGACUUCUGUUUCCCUCUUCUCUCACAAUUUACUCGCACAAACAAUCAGCAAACACAAAAGUUUCUCAACUAGAUCAACUUCAGGAGUUUUUGGCGCUCUCCCAGAAAUGUGAAAAUCUUCAAAGUGUUUAUUAAAUGCUAUUUAUAUCCUGAAAAAGGCCGUUUCCUAAAGCUCUUUUUCCAGCCCAGUUUGUAGAAUAAUCCUUAAACGUGUGGUUUUUAGGAUGGUAACACUCCGGUGGUUUCCAAGCUCUAAUGUUAACCUUUUUUGACUGUAAUGAGCUUUUCUCAGGAUAUAAUCUGCAACAGCGGGGAGACAGAAGGAUUGAACUAAUCCCUGGAUGUUGUGGCCAUUGACUUUGAGUCCCUUUGUUACACCUGCAACAUUUGUCUGCAUCAUUUACAGAGUACAGGAUCAUUUUGACAAAAUAGUCGUCCCACCUAAUAAAAAAAUAAAAAUAAAAAAUAAAAUUUAUUUUUUAUGUCGUCCAAAUUUAAGUUAAUUUUCUACAGUAAAAAGUUGAAGUCUUGAACCCAUAAACCACAAAUUUGGAAUGCUGGUAUAUUCCCUCUAAAAUCCCUAGAGAAUUUUCAGAGACGUGUCAAAAUCCCAGCUCGUUUUUACGAGAUUUGUCACAUUAUCCCCCACCUGUCAGCUUCAAACAUGGAGCCUUCAGUCAAAAAAAGAAAAAAAAAA